UUCCAAUGCCUGUGCUCUAUGGUGUCUUCCUCUACAUGGGUGUUGCUUCCCUCAAUGGUGUACAGUUCAUGGAUCGUCUGAAGCUGCUCUUGAUGCCUCUAAAACACCAGCCCGACUUUAUCUACCUGCGCCACGUCCCGCUGCGCAGGGUCCAUCUGUUCACCUUCCUGCAGGUGGUGUGCCUGGCCCUCCUUUGGAUCCUCAAGUCCACCGUGGCCGCCAUCAUCUUCCCUGUCAUGAUCCUGGCACUUGUAGCAGUCAGAAAAGCCAUGGACUACCUCUUCUCCCAGCAUGACUUGAGCUUUCUUGACGACGUCAUUCCAGAAAAGGACAAGAAAAAGAAAGAGGAUGAGAAGAAGAAGAAAAAGAAGAAGGGCAGUGUGGACAGUGACAAUGAUGAUUCUGACUGUCCCUACUCAGAAAAAGUCCCAAGUAUUAAAAUCCCAAUGGACAUCAUGGAGCAGGAACCUUUCCUAAGUGAUAGCAAACCUGCCGACAGAGAAAAAUCACCAACAUUCCUUGAACGCCAUACGUCGUGCUGAUACAAUUCCUUUCCUUCAGUCACACACCAUGCCAAGCCCUCCACGAACUCCAGUAAAAGUUGUGCCUCAAAUUAGAAUAGAACUUGAGCCUGAAGACAAUGGUUAUUUCUGGAGGAGCAAGGGAACAGAAACUGCUUUGUAAUUUGUCUGUCCAUUCAAUCUUUUAUGGGAUUUGUUUUGCCACUAGCCAAACAUUAAAACGCUCUCUGCUCCCCGCGCGCAUAGGUACCGGAG